AUGGACGAAGAUUCAUCAUUUCGUUGUCGAAAGUGUCGACUGAAUCUUUUUUCCGUCAAGCAACUUGCAUCUCACAAAGAUCAAAAGGAGAGAGACAGUCGUGGGGCAGGUCAAAUAGAUUUGUUCAGUCACGAGAAAUGUUCUUCCUGGUUCUUAGAAGAUGACGAAAUGCUUCCUUGGGUCCGUGAUAGCGUGGAAGAGGUGUGUUUUAGUCCCGUUAGUUAGCUCUGGAAGGCUUGCAACUCAGCAGGCUACAUGGUACAAUAAGGAGAGUUUCAGUUUGCACUACUAGUGAAGAAGUACAUGCCCCUUAGGUGGGCAUCCAUAAAGACUCAAACGAAUCGAAUGGUACUCUGAAUUUGAAUCACACGUUUAAGAUGAAUAACCAUUUACGCCCUUAGUAUGCAUGUUCUCCAUACUGAUCGAUAUGCAUUUUCUCAGAUGCUGACGAGGAGAAGUUGGUGAUCAUUGUCUUGUUCUCGUGACCUUAAUAUAGGAUUCAGAGGGGGAUGUUGUGAGGAGAAAUUAGAUCCUGGACAGUCUAAGGGGUUAAAGGGUUUAGUGUUUUGAGUUAAAGAUCUUUUUUGAAUUAUGGUAGUUGAAAGAAAUGGGAAAUUUUUAUUUUAUGGUCACCUUUACUGCCAUGAAGACACUGUAUAGCAAGAUUUUUGGGUAAUUAUAGAUAACCUUAGUGUGGUCAAAGAGAGAAAUCAGAGUUACUUUGCCCAAUGCUUGUAAAAAAAUGUGAGAUGUUUUUUGUUCACAUGUUUUCUCCCUUCUUAGUUUGAUUUCUGAAUGACUUUCUAUGGGGUUGAUGUAUAAUCUUUAUUUGUGCUCUAGGCUCAAUGGACCGAGGGAAAAUUGUAUUGCCCCAAAUGCAAGAGUCGAAUAGGUGCUUUUGACUUUAUUCAUGGAAUACACUGUAACUGUGGAAAGUUUAUUAUCCCAGCUGUCUGGAUUCAAAAAAGUAGAGUUGAUCUUAUUUUGCCCACAAGUCAGAUGACAAAUUUGGAUAUCAGGAGCCCUUCAAUAUCUUUCAAUCAGUCUACAAGGAACUCUUUUGGCAAAACUGUAGAACUACAAAAUAAUAUGACCAAAUCUUCUGUUGGAAAUAUUAGUGAGUUUGAUUGCACAGACUUCAGGGGAAAUACAGACACAACACAGAUUGCAUCAUCCUCAGUAUUCUCAGUGGUAGAUGCCAAUGGCAGACUUGUGGAUAGUGAGGGGAAUGGUGAGCAUAUAAUUUACAUGUAGGUGCAUUUGAAAUGUUAGUUACAAAUUUAUUACUGUAUCAUGUUGUCAAUGAUAAAAGUGAUCUAAAUGCUCUAAAAUCAUAAGAUUUCAAUAUGAAGUUUUAUAGUUGUUUAGUAAUGGUAAAAAAAUGUAUUGUUAGGAAUUCUAACUGACAUUCCACCAUGCAAACCAAAACCUGACUGUAAAUGCAUGGAAAUUCCCAGUUUUUGGCAAAAUACUGUUAAUUUAAUUCCCAUCUAGAACAGUUGGGUUGCUGAAAAGGAGAGACAUGUUUUGCAUGUAUUUAAAUUGCAUGAAAAUGAACUGAUUCUGCAACUGUUUCACUUUACAUUGUAGACAUUAGGCACUGCAUUGAUGAAGGAACAUCUUCAUGCAAUUCAACAUCAGAUAUCGCGAUGGAAAACAUACCCAGUUCUCUCAAAAUGCUAGCAUAUAAGUUUAGCUCGCCCAAGAGAGAGAUAUCUACAUGUACUGUGCAGCAAGAUAUUUGUCCAAACACAUCUCAUCUAACUGGGUUAUGUCCCAUUCAUAACUGUAAACAGUGUUGCAAUAUCAGAUUGCAUGAACCUUAUUCUGGCUUAGAAGCAGAAACCUCGUUAAACACUGCUCAAGAUGAGGCCCAGGAGUUAGUGCCCCAGCAUACAUGUAGAUUUGGCUGUGCACUGCAUUGUGAUUCCUCUAAAGCUACAAAGUUAAAUUCAAACACAAGUAGAGCAAGGGGCAUUUUAAAUGACAAGGAAACUUAUAAGCAGAGAUCCAGAAGGAAAACAAAGGGACGGCAUCAAAUAUUACCAGAAGCUAAUAAUUUACUAGACAUAACAACUGACCAGAGGGAAGAGAAGUCAUCUAUUUGCCAAUUUUCAGAUCAAACGACAUACUACAAUUGCUUGCCAGUUGAUGAAGUUUCCAGUGAGCCUUUAUGUAAGACAGUGGAAAACAAGGUAAAAAUCACUUACACUGUACCUCAACUGUAUAUGGCUUUUUUUUUGUGGUACACAACUGGAAUUAAUUGAAAGAGGGUAAACUUUUUGUUCAAAUUAGAACUGGAGAAAGAGUGCUUGGAUUCCAGGUGUUGACCUUUGAGUUGUUAUCAUGUAUCACAUGCUGGUUUUAGAGUUGCAAGCUUCUUCACUUUUUGCAGUAGUUUGUCUUAUUCAGUUAUUUACAUUUUCAUCUCUUUUUAAUUUUCAAUGCAGUUUUCAUAGCAACUCACCUUUGCUUAAAACAUUAAAAUGACCAGUUAUUGAGAUGAUUGAUUGGAAGACAGUGUACUACUGACCAUUGAAUCACAUGUGUUGUUUUUAACAAUUUUAGACUAUUUCAGUAGAAAUCCAAGAUCACCAUUGCUGUGCUGUGUGUCUGGAUCUGUUUUACGAGCCUUUUAAAUGUUCUUGUGAUCAUGUGUUCUGUGACCCAUGCUUACGACAGUUAAACUUCAGGACCAGCAGUAGAGGCUCAGUAAGAUGCCCUUUGUGCCGGCAAAUAGUCGAACAAUUAACACCAGCAACAGGUAAAGUAUAUGCAAUUAACAAUGGUGUAAAGUAUAAUUGACAAGCAGUAGAUGUCAAAUGAUAGCAUAUGUGGAAAACUCAACAUGUUUUAAACAGACCAUAGAUUUCCCAAAAAGAGCCUCAAAGUGCUUUUUUACAGGACCCACUCCUCUCAAUCUUCCAUAGUCUGGUUACAGACCUUCUAUUUCCUGUUACAUUGUCCAAGGUGUGGGUGAAAUAGGAGCCAUGGGAAAUUUAACAACCAUGAAGGAACCAGGAUCGCUCUUGUACUCCACACCUGUUUUUGCGCACUCAGUUUUGUAAGGAAGGGUCCGCAGCUGUGAACUGACUUUUUCCCCUUAACAGCAUAUAAAUUAGAUUUCAUUACCUCAGUACUUAGCAUAAUUGUAUGUUCCUAUAAAGACAGGGUUACUAACUGGUAUAUGAUUUUUUAUCUAAUUUUUCACAGAACUAAGAAAUGAGAUUAGGCAGACUUAUGAUCCCCAGCUACUUAGGUAAGAUAUACUCUAGUCUUAACGGUCCCUUUUUUCUUCUAUGGUCAUUGGUCAGAGGGAGAGCAAAAUAAGAAUCACUUGGAUAUUUAACAAAUGUGAUUGCUCUCACUCCCUGGCUGGUCCUUGACCUAAACAAAAGAAACACAUGAUAAAAGAAAUAUUUUUAAACCGAGAAAAAGAACAACAGUGACAUAAAUACUGAAAAAGACAAAAACAAAGCAUAAACAAGGAAAUAAGAGAAAAGUAUAUGUCUUGACCUGGCAGGAUGAACCCACAAAAUUAAAAAAUAAAGAAUAAGAGAAAAGAAAAUGGAAAGAAAAGGAAAAUGAAAGUGGAUAAGUCUGUAAGCGAGCUAAAUGGCCCACCCAGCCAGAGCUUCUCCUGGAAGCACCAAUACCAGAUCCCCUGGAUAGGAUGCUAUUGGAGAGAGAGGCACUCUGAAAGGAAAGUCUUUUGCGCAAGAACAGAAUUCCAGCGCACAGACUAUUUGUUCACCGCGUCUCCCGCACGAAGUACCGGUCGUAGCAAAAUCGAAUGUGAGAAAUCCGCCUUUUGUACGUCGUUUUGUGGGUCAGUAGGUGUGAGAAGUAGCGAUGUGUUUUGAACCAUAAUUAUGAACCAUGGCUAUUAUUUUGUAUUUCAGGAAACGUGACAAAGUUGAGCGUCGAGCUGCGUACAGAAAAUGGCCCCUCCCUGCUAACCAGGGGCCGUUACGGCGAAACACGUCACACACUCGGCGAAGUGUCACGCUACCUUGUAUCAUCUACAUCUUUCUGAUAGGUGCAAGCAUGUAUAUGCUUCUGUGGAUCGCUUUUCUUUCAAAUUUGACCACAAAUAAUGUAAUAAGUUUGUAUUAAGGAUGAAUUUCUAAAGAUGACAUGAAAAAGAGUUUAGUGUUGUAACAUAAUUUGAGAAUGUAAAGAGCAUGUGUGGUUUUUAAUAUGGUAUCGUGUUAAGGGCGCAAAAUAGCCAUAAAGAAACGUUUCAGUGAAAUGAUGAUAAGGCUACUGCAAGGAAGUUUAUGUAAGUCAUAAAUUAAUGAAAGUAAAUAUAUAAACAGUCAAACAUAUGUAUAACAAAAAAGAAAAGUUCGGAUCGACGUUCCCAGCUUUCCCGGGCGGACUGAUCCAUGACAUCGGAGAAUUUGGCUGCUGAUCAAAAGUGCCUUGCUAGAUUGGUCAGUCCAAAAAUUGUGUGUAAUAUUAUGAUGAAUUUUUUUUUUUUCAAGAUAAAAAGGGGCUCUUCAUUUGUAUAUUGGCCUGUCUUAUACCGGCAAGAGAUAAAGUAGAAAUGAAAGGUAGCUCUUCAAAGUUACCUAGGGCAGCUGGAUUUUGAACAUUACUUGCGGUGAUUUUUACCCUUACCAACUUCAUUCCAAUAUUCAUUUACAAAAACUGUUGCUUAUGGUUAGAGAUGCAAAUCUAGAAUAGUUUAUAAAAUGUAUGGGAAAUAAAUUGAUAUUUCAAAUAUGACUUUUGACGCCUGAUUGCAUGUUUUCAGAAAUUUAUUUACAUCCAUAGAUCAAAUUUACAAUUUUUAAUUAUCUGACCAUAAAGCUACAAAUCUAUUAAGCGGGU